CCCAGCCUCUCCCCCGCUGUCAGUUCCCGGCGUGCUUUGCACGGGUGGCCGGCGGGGCGGGGCCCAGCCACAGGAUUCAAAAUGGCGGACCUCGAGGACCGGGUGUCGGACGAGGAGAAGGUGCAUAUAGCUGCAAAAUUCAUCACUCAUGCACCACCAGGAGAAUUUAAUGAAGUGUUUAAUGAUGUCCGAUUACUGCUUAACAAUGACAAUCUUCUCAGGGAAGGGGCGGCACAUGCAUUUGCCCAGUAUAACAUGGAUCAGUUCACUCCGGUGAAGAUCGAGGGGUAUGAUGAUCAGGUCUUAAUUACAGAACACGGUGACCUGGGCAAUGGCAGAUUUUUGGAUCCAAGGAACAAACUUUCCUUUAAGUUUGAUCAUUUAAGGAAAGAAGCAGGCGACCCCCACCCUGAGGACACAGAAGCUGCUCUAAAGCCCUGGAGAGAUGCCUGUGACAGUGUGCUGAGGGCAUAUGUGAAAGAGCACUAUCCCAAUGGCGUUUGUACUGUUUACGGCAAGACUGUAGAUGGACAGCAGACAAUUAUUGCCUGUAUUGAGAGCCACCAGUUUCAGCCCAAAAACUUCUGGAAUGGCCGUUGGAGAUCAGAGUGGAAAUUUACCAUCACGCCCCCUGCGGCUCAGGUGGUUGCAGUGCUGAAGAUCCAGGUUCAUUACUAUGAAGAUGGCAACGUGCAGCUAGUUAGCCAUAAAGACAUCCAAGACUCUCUAACGGUUUCAAAUGAUGUCCAAACAGCCAAGGAAUUUAUUAAAAUCAUAGAACAUGCGGAAAAUGAGUAUCAGACGGCAAUCAGUGAAAACUAUCAGACUAUGUCCGACACCACGUUCAAAGCCUUGCGUCGGCAGCUGCCCGUCACUCGCACCAAGAUUGACUGGAACAAAAUCCUCAGCUACAAGAUUGGAAAAGAAAUGCAAAAUGCUUAAGGGAGAACUGAUGAGAUUGAUGAAACGGUAGCAUACAAAAACCUAAAUGUGGUUGUAUGCCAAGUAGGUGGUUUCCAAACCAGUGUGGCAUUUUGCUAGGGCUUUCAAAGUUAACAAGUUUUCUAGCCUCAAGGAAAACUAUUGAACAAAUUGCAUUCUCUUUGUGUUUUGUGUUCCCUACCAUAUAAACUUCCUGUUACUGCAUUUACUGGUAGGUCAUUUGAAUUAAACCACAUUAAUGGUUCAGUUAUAUAGUUCUGUUUGGGAGUCACUGUAAUUGUACUGGUUGGAAAAUUUCCUAGCCCUGAAAGCCCCUUUAUAAAUACAGGCCGGUGGUGUUGCGAGUAUUUUCCCUGCACCCUUAUACAGCACUCCAGGUACCUCAGUAAGUUUCAGAUCUGGUAACAGCUCACGCUGCUGCGCUGCAAGCUGUAAGAAAUGCAAGAGAAGGCGCAUCUCCCACACAUGCCUGCUGCUGAUCUCCACAUAGCAAUGGGCCUAUACGCUUAGAUUUUAAUAUCUGGAAUGCGUUUACAUGAUCCCUUACAGAAAUCUCAAGAAGGCCAGAUUUUUGUGUAAGUAAUUUUUUUUAAACCCAAAGAUUCCAUGUUCCCGCUAAGAGAACUUUUUUUUUUUUUUUUUUUUUUGGCUUUUCUUUUCCCUGGAAGUGUGGUUAACAGACAUCUGCAUUUUUACAGAACAGCUAAUCCAGUUAGUUCUCUCUCUCUCUCUCUCUCUCUUCCCCUUUUUUUUUUUUAUUUUUAGUAUUGUUAAAUUUGUUAGUAUUGUGACUGCUGAGACAUUUUGUCUGGUUGGAGAUGAAAUAUUAGAGUUAAAAAUGCAAAUGUCUAAGGAAUAGUAGGUAUGUUGUGCUUUAAUGCUUUGUGGCAGGUUCCUAGAGUUUGUACCACAGGUGUAUGAAUGGAUGGUGUAUUAAACGAUAAAUAAAAGAUUUGCACCGACGUGAGAGAAAAUCA